AUAUUUUCCCAUGAAUAUAUACAAUGCACAAUCAUGUUUUUUAAACGUCAACAAUGCUUGUGUUUAGAAACUUACCCAACUGCUUGAUAACCAUCAUUUGUGAGUAAUCCAUAUCUAUCGGCCAGAUCACUGUCCGAAAACUGAUCGCUCAACCGUUGUGUUUUUCACACAUAACAUAACCAAUAUGUCAAAUGCAUAUCAGUAUGCAUGUAGUAUAAUGUACUGUGUCAUUAUCGGUUCUUAUCGGUGCGAAACACACAUAAGUCAGACUGUAUACAACGAAUAUGAUAAAAAGAAGUGAUAACAGUAUGAAAUAGUAGAAUUGAUAUUGCGAAUACACCCGGCAACGAUAUCACAAAUCUCUGAUUGCCAAAUUGAACAGUAUAAGUCAUGUAUGGGCGUGAAGAUGAGUGGUGUAAAACAUAAAAUAUGCAUGGUUUCGGAUUUUUUUUACCCGAACAUGGGCGGUGUCGAGGAACAUAUUUUUAAUUUAUCCCAAUGUCUGUUGGAGCAUGGGCACAAAGUGGUGAUAUUAACACAUUCCUAUGGAGAUAGAGUAGGGAUACGGUACAUGACAAAUGGUUUGAAAGUAUAUUAUAUCCCUGUCAAGGUUUUCUACAAUCAGUGCAUUCUUCCAACGAUGAUAUGCUCUCUUCCUCUCAUUAGAUAUAUUUUUAUAAGAGAAGAGAUACAGAUAAUACAUGGCCAUUCUGCAUUUUCUGCUUUAGCACAUGAGGGAAUGUUAAUUGGUAGAUUAAUGGGACUGAAAACUGUCUUCACGGAUCAUUCUCUCUUUGGUUUUGCGGAUGCAUCUGCUAUCCUGACAAACAAAUUUCUCGAGAUAUCAUUGGUUGAUUGUGAUCAUUGCAUAUGCGUAUCUCACACUGGAAAGGAGAAUACAGUGCUGCGAGCCAAAGUACAAAAGGAGAAGGUGUCGGUUAUUCCAAAUGCCGUUGAUACAAUGUUGUUUACACCUGAUAUCAAUAAACGGAGCAACGAUUAUAUUACUAUAGUAAUAGUGUCGCGAUUGGUGUAUAGAAAAGGCGUUGAUCUUCUAGCCCAUAUAAUUCCUGAGAUCUGUUCGCGUCAUAAAAAUGUAAAGUUUUUAAUCGGCGGAGACGGUCCAAAGAGAUGGCUCAUAGAAGAAGUGCGGGAGAGGAAUCUGCUGCAGCACAGAGUCACCUUGCUGGGCAGUCUGGAACACUCUCAAGUCAGACACAUUCUGAACAAGGGUCACAUCUUCCUGAAUACGAGCCUGACGGAAGCUUACUGCAUGGCUAUUGUAGAAGCAGCUUCUUGCGGGUUGCAGGUAGUGUCGACGAAAGUCGGAGGAAUUCCGGAAGUUUUACCGCCAGAUUUGAUUUACCUCGUAGAACCCACCAUACCUGCGUUAAUUGAAGGUCUGGAAAUGGCUAUAGCGGAUUACAAAAAGGGCAAUAACAGGCCUUUCGAGAUGCACAGGAGGAUAAGCUUGUUUUAUAACUGGUUCAACAUCACCAAACGUACGGAAAUAGUGUAUAAUUUAGUGAAGCGUGAAGCCAAAAGAAAUCUGGGACAACGAUUAGCGAAUCAGAUAAAAAGCGACGUAUUGGCCUACUUACUCGUAGUGUCAUUAUGCUACAUAAUUCUGCAAAUCCUCGAAUUCCUCGUCCCUAGAAAGUACAUUGAUAUCGCGCGGGACUAUAGCGAAAUUCACGUUAUGCCAUCCAGCGGGAAAGGAAAAGAAGAUUAACUGUCGUCACGGAAGCCUGAAAAACUUGUCAAUGUGUUCAAGUAUUUUAUUUUACACUUCGGAAACAUUCCACAGAGCUCUUUCCAUAGAGAUCUUUUCUGUAAAAGAUAUUGUACGAUAUUAUGGGUGAUUAUAUCCCCGCGUAAGAACAAUUGUUGCAUUUAACGAUAAAUUUUUAAAGAAAUGAAUAUAUACGUAUAAAUGUUGUACAGAUAACCCAAAGUACAAAGUGUCAUAAUGCUUGUACGUAAAAUUACAACUGACACGAAUGUUUAUAACAAUUUUCAUUUAUUAUAUCGUCCUGCUUUCGUGAUUCGCAUCACUUCGAAAUAAAUAACAGCGCGUGCGAUGCUUCGACAUCUGGCGUUGAACAUCAGACUGUGAAAAUAAUGUAAUUUUUGUCCAAUAAAUGAUUUUUAUUAUGAUACAUGACAUCGUAUGAAUCAAUGCAUAACAUGUAUAACAAUUCGUAAUGAUAUUCAACCGCAAUGCCGCUUAUCCCGCACACAUGUUGUAGCACAUAUGCUUAAGAAUAUCGCGCCAUUUGGCAUUUACAAAAUAUCGUCGUAUGUAUUACGAAUCGGUCGUGCUUAUGUUUAAAGCAAUCCGCGCUAAAUUUUUUUUAAGCAGUUAUUUGUAGCAAUAUGUGGAGUAGAAAGGUUGAUUCGUGUUCCACCGUGAAGUAUGCCUUAUCAGUAUCUCCCAAGUUUUUUUUUUUUUUUUAUUAAGAAUCGAUAAAAUAACUUCCUUUCUCUUCGUGACUAUCACAAAUCUGCCGUACUUUCAUCCAUAACAAUUAUCAUCUACAUACAGAGCAUAUAAGUGAAAUAUCUUAACUUACGGAAAAGAAAUUAAGUAGAAUAACAUACUGACUUCAAUUUUAACUGAACAUUUUAUAUCGCUAUAUGAUAGCGUUUUUUUUUUCUUUUAAUUUUUUUAUUUAAAUCAUAUUAUCUCAAUUUUAAACAAAUUCGUAAAACAAUAAGAUAGUCAAAUUGAAAAUAUAAUAAUAUUUAUUUCCUUAUGUUGUACGCGUUGGAUACAAUAAUAGAAUAUUGAUACAAUAUCAAUUAUUCGUUCUUUAGUUAUCGCUUCAAUCUGUUGUGUAAUUAUCACUGCAUACUCUGUACAUUAAUAUCUAUUUAUACAUAAAUCUUUCAUGUAAGGGUCUGUGAUCUCCUCUUAUCAUCUAUCUAUAAAAGAAGAUCAAUGAACCUUUGUUAACAACCAUUAUAAUAUUACGAGUGGUCAGAUCUGUCACAACAUUCCAUGUUUAUCCGACGUCCUAUCUGUCAACGCAUAUUAGUCCAAUCAAGAAAACGCUGAAAUAGCUGUUCUUAAAAGUGCUU